AUGAAACCAGAUAAUGAUGCUGAGCCGGAAGAAACUCACGGCGAAGUUACUACUGAUGGUAAGUUUGAACGAUACAAUGUACUUGGACAGAUCUUCGAAGUUACUGCAAAGUAUAAGCCACCGACCGACCCUAUUGGCAGAGGUGGUUAUGGCUUCGUUUGUUCGGUUACGAACUCGGAGACAAAUGAGAGAGUCGCUGUAAAGAAAAUCGUAAAUGCAUUUGUUAACCAAACCAAUGCAAAGAGAGCUCUCCGUGAAAUCAAGAUUCUCCGUCACUUGAAACAUCACGACAAUAUUGUUAAGAUCAAAGACGUAAUAGUGCCUCGUCAAAGAAAUGCUUUUAGAGAGGUUUACAUAGGAUGUGAACUGAUGGAAUAUGACCUUCUUAAAGUCAUAAAAUCCAAUGAAGUACUAACCCCAGCUCAUCACCAGUAUCUUUUGUACCAAAUCCUGCGUGGAUUAAAGUACAUGCAUUCGGCUGAUGUGUUACAUAGAGAUUUAAAACCGAGCAACCUCCUCGUAGGUGUGGAGUGGAACUUAAAGAUCUGUGAUUUCGGUCUUGCUCGUGCCAUUUCCGAGGGUGGUGUAACGUCUGCGCAAGUUGGCGCAGGAUGGUACCGUGCACCCGAGCUUCUCUUAAACUCUUCUGGUUAUACCAAAGCGGUUGAUGUUUGGUCUGUUGGCUGCAUUUUCUUCGAAUUGAUUAACCGCAAACCGUUCUUCCGAGGUCAAGAUGCUGGUCAUCAGCUUCGUUUGCUUAUGGAGCUCAUAGGCAGUCCAUCAGAAGAAUAUAUUGGAUCAUUGAAUGAAAACACUAAGCGAUACAUACGGCAAUUUCCUUGGUUUCCUCGCCAAUCAUUCUCUGAGAAAUUCCCAAAUGUGCCUCCUUUAGCCAUAGACCUGAUGAAGAAGUUCCUCACGUUUGACCCUAGACAGAGAAUCUCAGUUGAAGAAGCGCUUGCUCAUCCAUAUCUCCAGUCGCUGCAUGACAUUACUAAUGAACCAGAGUGCACAACGCCCUUCAAAUUCGAUAUAGGGCAACAAUCACUCACAAAGAAGGAGGCUAGGGAGUUGAUCUACCGUGAAGCCCUAGAUUUCAACCCUGAAUUCCAGCAAGAGUAG